UUUUCAUCGCCCAUUGAGCAUGCGAGUUUGAUUUUAUUUCUGCAAUCUAUUUCAUAUUUACGUUUAUGAGAAAUUGGCGUACAGUAUUUUUUUUUUCUGCGAAGAAAUUCGUUGUCCUUUAUGAAUAUCUGAGGUGUGCUCCUAGAUUUUUUCUUUAUAAUGCCUUACUUAACAGUCCCUUUUGUUAGAGCAAAGGGACAUUACAUGUCCAACUCUCUUGAUUUUACUUGUUAAUAAUCAUAUCACUGAUGUUUGCAAAUAUUUUUUUUUUUGUAUUUUUUGACAAUAGGGUUGGAUUCUUUAUUGGAGACGGAGCUGGUGUUGGUAAAGACUUGAAGUUGUUCGAUGCAAGAAGAGACCUGGAUGAUGUCACGCACAUAUUGAAGGUAUUGUGUAUCACAGGGGCUGGAGCUGACAAGAGAUAUUGAUAUGCCUUUUCUUUUCCUUUCCUAUCCUUUUGUUUUGAGAGAAGGGGUAAAAGGGGAUCGUUAUUUCUAUCGGCAUUGGUGGCAGCUUCCCAGAAGCUUGCUUAAAUUAUAGUUGUUUACGAAUGCAAUCAGAUCCAGAGGCUAGUAAAUGUGCUGUAGAACGCCAACAGCGAUUUCUUGCAAAUAUAGAUCCAAUUGAUGUAGCUAGAAAUAUUGCAGGCCUCAAACCUGAAACUACUCUUGUUGUUGUGGUCUCAAAAACCUUCACCAAAACUAAAACUAUGCUGAAUGCUCAAACACUGAGGGCAUGGAUUUCAAAAGAGCUCGGUUUGGGGAAAAGUUUGGCAUCGAUCCUAUUAAUGCUUUCGCAUUCUGGGACUAGGUUGGUGGCAGAUUUAGUGUUUGCAGUGUUGGUGUGUUGCCUUUGUCUCUCCACUAUGGUUUCUCAAUUGCUGGGAAGUAUGGUAACUUCUGAUCGUUUUAAUUCACAAAGUGGCAAGAGUUCUCAAUCUCUAGCAUAGAAAGAUGAAUAACAUACAAUUAAUCACUUUUUUGCCAUUAAGUGUUCAAAGAGUUUUGCUUCGUUGAUGCCCUCGAUAUCUACUCUAGUUUCCUACUCAUCCCCUUGUUACUUGCAUAUAAUGUGUUUGCUAUUUUGUUAGGAUUUGUUUUAUAGUGAUAAAAACUUUUUUUAUCA